AUGAAUGACUCAUUCCGAUCAUCAAAUGUGAACAGUGCAAGACUGUAUCAACCAAGCAAUCAACUGGUAAUUAUUGUCUCCAAAGCGCAAGAUUUGCCAAACAGGAAAAAGCUUGACAAGCAAUCCCCUUACUGUGUUGCGCGAGUUCAGGAUCAGGUUCAAAAGACAAAGAUUGUACACCGAGGUGGCCAGAAUCCUAUAUUUGACGAUGAGUUGUGGUUUUCGCUCGAUAACGUUGAAGAAACAACCGUGAACUUCAUUAUUUACCACCAAUUGAAAAAAGAUUCCGAGCUCGUUUGUAAAGCAGACAUAGAUUUCACACCUGCUCUUCGCCGAUCAUCCAAGGAGGGUUAUGAUAACUGGUUCUCUCUCAGCUAUAACGGUAGGCCAGCGGGAAAGAUAUAUCUAGAAAUGACUUACUACUCCUCGUCCAAAGAAGUACCCGCUAACGUUGAACCUCUAACCAAAUCAUCACGAACCUAUUCCUCUGUUAUACCGCAAAAUCUUCCUUCCACCCCACCAGCACAAUCAAGACAACCAUUUGACUGUGAUGGCAUGAUUUUCAGGGAAUUGAAUUAUGAUGCUGAAGAUAAAGAGGUAAAACGAACAGGCAAAUUACUAAAUAUGAGUCAGUCAUUUGGGACAGACCAAAACUCUUUACAAAGGUUAGUCAAUAAUGCUUGGAGAUUCUCAUCUGCAUUCAACAAACCUGUCACUCAGGCUACCGUGAUUGAUUUGGAACCUUCUGCCCAUCAGCCUAGAACACACCUGUUAACGCAUAAACUCUUUGAGGAUUCAAGUGAUGAAGAUGAACUCGAACCAGCGAUUCACCAAAAUGACGCGAAAGAAAAUCAAGCCAAGGCACGCCAUAAUCUCAGCGAUACCAAGACUUUACAAAUAGGUAAGUCCUUCUUAUCAAAUCUGGUUUUCGGCUUUGACAAACGAGAGAAUUCAGGUAUAGAUAACACAGAACUUGAAAGUAGUUUAAGAAACAAUUCUCCUUUGUUAAAUAACACGAGAAGUGCAGAUACCACAGUCCUGUCCGAAGUGGACCAAGAAGAUGUUGCACCCGAGCCACCAUCUCAUAGAGUCCCUUUAACACAAAUGAAUCGUCCACUUUCCUCCACUGACUUUAAAACAGCAUUUCAUAGCAAGGACAACGAACAUCUCGGUUCCGAACAUUCUUACAAUCGAAAACAAUACUAUAAUCAGAGCAAAUCAGAUCUUUCGUACUCACAGAUCAGAAAGCUUCAAAGAAAGCGAUAG